AUGCGGCUGGUUUCCGCAUUGGCAGUCCUGCUGGCUGCCGUUGUGCCCCUUGUGCAAUGUUCCCGAUUAACUCCUCCCGUGCUCCCUCUGAUUGUACGGAAUCCCUAUCUGAGUACGUGGCUGGCCAAUGCAAGAGAUGUGCCGUGGGACAAAUGGCCCAUGUUUUGGACUGGCCAGGAGGUUGGAUUGUCCGUCAUGGCCAGUAUCCCUGGGCAGAGGACGGUGUAUCCAUUGCUGGGAAGACCUCAAGAUUCACUGCGGAAGGAUGAUGAUAGUUAUAUCCUGUCCAACCCUAUAUACCAAGGCGCUCAGUACGAUGCGUCCACCACGAACCUGUCAUACUCCCUUCCUCUCCCUUCCUCAUACUCCUCCUCCAGCAAGCUGGAUAUCACCCUGUCCUUCCUCUCUCCUAUAACCCCUACAUCGACUGUUCGACAGUCCAUUCCCGCAAGUUAUAUUACCGUCCACGUCCACGGCAAUGUGCCUGUGGAUGUCUACCUGGAUCUCAAUGGCCUCUGGGUCAGUGGGGACCGAGGAAGCAAGAUCGUGUGGGCCCUUACUCAUACAGCGUUGGAUGGUAUGGACCCCGGAUUCAUAACAUGGGAGGUCAAAAGAGAAGUCGAACAGCUCUUCACCGAAUAUCAAGAUCGCUCGGAAUGGGGGACGCUGCACUUUUCCGGUCCGUCGAACGUCCGGCAUGAAGCGGGCACAUCGGCGCUAUUACGGCAGCGCUUCUCGAGGACCGGUACCCUUCAGGACUCUAUGGACAAUCGGUUCCGUUCCAUCAUGGAUGACGAACCAGUGUUUGCAUUUUCCAAAUCGUUUGCCAUGAAUGUCAGCACCAACUCGGUGCAUGAGGAAAGCGUUACGUUCACGGUGGCUCACAUCCAAGAUCCUGUUGUGCAGUUCGCGUCUGCCCGGGGCUUGACUCUCAUGCGACCGCUCUGGGAGUCGUACUUCCCAACCGUCAGCCACCUCCUCACCUUCCACUUUUUGGAUUUCCCACAGGCAAAGUUACUGGCAACGAACUACUCCGCCCAGCUUGCCGUUGAUGCGUACAAAUCUGGUUCGGAGGACUAUGUUGACAUUGUGGCCCUCUCUGCUCGGCAAGUGCUUGGAGCCACAAGCUUUUCAGGCACUCCGGAUGAUCCAAUCUUGUUCCUCAAAGAGAUCUCGUCCAACGGAAACUUCCAGACCAUUGAUGUUAUCUUCCCAGCAUUCCCGUUCUUCCUGUACUCAAACCCGCGGUGGCUUGGAUAUCUCCUUGAACCAUUGAUUGAGCACAUGCUUAGUGGGCAGUACCCGAACAAAUAUGCCAUGCACGAUCUGGGCACACAUUUCCCUAAUGCAACUGGUCAUCCACUAGGACGAGACGAGUACAUGCCCGUGGAGGAAUGUGGAAACAUUCUCAUCAUGGGCCUGGCACUGGCCAACUCUUUGAAGAACGGGGCGAACACCUCUGUUUCAUCCUCCUGGCAACCGAUGCACGCGCCAGACUCCAGUGAUAACAUUGCUCCUUUGGCAGUGGGACAGCAGGACGGAAUCAACUACAUCGAUGUACCUUGGGUUGGAGGAGCAGACAGUGUAGAUCGAGCCAAGAAAUGGGUUAGCAGAAGUUAUUCAUUGUGGAAACAGUGGACUAGUUACCUUGUGGAAUUCUCCUUGGAGCCUCACAACCAGUUGUCAACAGAUGACUUCGCUGGAUGGCUGGCCUUACAGACGAACCUUGCUCUCAAAGGGAUCAUUGGCAUCAAAGCUAUGGCCGGCCUUGCUGCCCUGGUCAACAAUGCCGAGGAUGUCAAGAUCUAUAACAACAUCUCGGAAGAAUUCAUUGCAAAGUGGGAAGAUUAUGGAAUCUCCCGGGACAAGACGCACGCAAAACUUGCAUAUGACUGGUACGGUUCAUGGACGACCACAUACAACCUCUUUGCAGACAGCUUGCUGUGCUUCCACUUGGGCGAAGAAGACUCUGCACAGAGAAGUACCAGCAUUGGUGGCCGGUACAAGGCUCAGAAUCCGCUGAAGGAUAUUGCUGGCGAUAAAGCGGGUUUUGUGCCGAAGCAUAUUUACCAGUUGCAGAGCGACUGGUAUUACUCGGUUCGGCAAAAGUAUGGACUCCCACUGGACUCAAGGCAUCUCUACACCAAGACGGAUUGGGAGUUCUUUGCUAUGGCCGUUGUUGCGCCCAAGGUAAGAGCCGAGAUCUUGCAGUCGGUUGCUAAAUGGGUCAACGAGACGGCCACCGACCGCCCAUUGACGGAUUUGCACAACACGGAGGGUCAAGGAGGUUUCCCUGGCCCCAGCUUCUUCGCACGACCUGUGGUAGGUGGUCAUUUUGCAUUUUUGGCACUAGGACAAGCCUGCAACGGCCGAGCCGCCGAUGGCUUGAAGUUUUUGGAUGAUAGUUUGGUGAAAGAGGUGGAUGUCCAGAGUGUAUUGGAUGCAGAACGAGCAGAGGCUGAAGCUGUCGUUCCGGAACUAUAG